AGAACUGUACAGGAAGCCCACGUGUCGGCCCCUGACAGGAGCAGAGACCUUCCGUGGCAGCGGUUGGACGUGUGAUUAGUAAAAAUGACCUUUGAUUGAAGGAUCAAUUACACAACCCUUGUCAGGUUCUGUCACUGGAGUAAUCCGCCAUCGGCUGCACUACCUACUGGGAGCGUGUUAACUUAUGCAAUGGACGACUGGAGCGGAUCAGAGCCAGGGGAAUAAGGGUUAACAUGAUCCUGAACUCCGAAGCGGGAACUGCAACAAAAUCAGGACUUCAGGGAGUAUAACACCUAACGUGUGCCGAUGAAGGAUUAAUGCAUUGGGGCUGAGCAGAUCCAAGGGUCACAACUGUGAGGCCGAGCAGCUCUGUGGUGCAGGAGGGGUUAAUGCUGUGAGGAUGAGCGGCUUGGUGCAGGAGGGGUUAACGCUGUGAGGCUAAGCGGCUCUUUGUCUGGUGCAGGAGGGGUUAAUGAAGUGAGGCUGAGCAACUCUGGGGUGCGGUUGGGGUGAAUGUUGUGAGGGUGAUUGGCUCUGUGGUGCAGGAGGGGUUAAUAGUGUGAGGCUGAGCGGCUCUUUUGUGUAGAAGGGGUUAAUGCUGUGAGGCUGAGCGGCUUUUUGUCUGUGCAGGAGGGGUUAAUGCUGUGAUGCUGAGGAGCUCUGUGGUACAGGAGGGGUUAAAGCUGUGAGGCUGGUGAGCUCAGUGGUGCAGGAAGGGUUAAUGCUGUGAGGCUGAGGAGCUCAGUGGUGCAGGAAGGGUUAAUGCUGUGAGGCUGGUGAGCUCGGUGGUGCAGGAAGGGUUAAUGCUGUGAGGCUGAGCAGCUCUGUGGUACAGGAGGGGUUAAUGCUGUGAGGAUGAGCGGCUUGGUGCAGGAGGGGUUAACGCUGUGAGGCUGAGCGGCUCUUUGUCUGGUGCAGGAGGGGUUAAUGAAGUGAGGCUGAGCAACUCUGGGGUGCGGUAGGGGUUAAUGUUGUGAGGCUUAUUGGCUCUGUGGUGCAGGAGGGGUUAAUAAAGUGAGGCUGAGCAACUCUGGGGUGCGGUUGCGGUUGGGGUGAAUGUUGUGAGGGUGAUUGGCUCUGUGGUGCAGGAGGGGUUAAUAGUGUGAGGCUGAGCGGCUCUUUUGUGUAGAAGGGGUUAAUGCUGUGAGGCUGAGCGGCUUUUUGUCUGUGCAGGAGGGGUUAAUGCUGUGAUGCUGAGGAGCUCUGUGGUACAGGAGGGGUUAAAGCUGUGAGGCUGGUGAGCUCAGUGGUGUAGGAAGGGUUAAUGCUGUGAGGCUGAGGAGCUCAGUGGUGCAGGAAGGGUUAAUGCUGUGAGGCUGGUGGGCUCAGUGGAGCAGGAAUGGUUAAUGCUGUGAGGCUGGUGAGCUCAGUGGUGAAGCAAGGGUUAAUGCUGUGAGGCUGGUGAGCUCAGUGGUGCAGGAAGGGUUAAUGCUGUGAGUCCAGGGAGCUCUCUGGUGCAGAAGGAGUUAAUGCUGUGAGGCUGAGGAGCUCAGUGGUGCAGGAAGGGUUAAUGCUGUGAGGCUGGUGAGCUCAGUGGUGCAGGAAGGGUUACUGCUGUGAGGAUGGUGAGCUCAGUGGUGCAGGAAGGGUUAAUGCUGUGAGGCUGGUGAGCUCAGUGGUGCAGGAAGGGUUACUGCUGUGAGGAUGGUGAGCUCAGUGGUGCAGGAAGGGUUAAUGCUGUGAGGCUGGUGAGCUCAGUGGUGCAGGAAGGGUUAAUGCUGUGAGCUCAGUGGUGCAGGAAGGGUUAAUGCUGUGAGGCUGGUGAGCUCAGUGGUGCAGGAAGGGUUACUGCUGUGAGGAUGGUGAGCUCAGUGGUGCAGGAAGGGUUAAUGCUAUGAGGCUGGUGAGCUCAGUGGUGCAGGAAGGGUUAAUGCUAUGAGUCCAGGGAGCUCUCUGGUGCAGAAGGAGUUAAUGCUGUUAGGUGAGCUCAGUGGUACAGAUGGGAUUAAUGAUGUCGGGGAUGGUGAGCUCUAUGGUGCAGGAGGGGUUAAUUAAUGCUGUGAGGAUGGUGAGCUCUAUGGUGCAGGAGGGGUUAAUUAAUGCUGUGAGGAUGGUGAGCUCUGUGGUGCAGGAGGGGUUAAUGCUGUGAGGAUGGUGAGCUCUGUGGUGCAGGAGGGGUUAAUGCUGUGAGGAUGGUGAGCUCUGUGGUGCAGGAGGGGUUAAUGUUGUGACCACACAGCAGAAAGCAGGCAUGGAGGACCCACAAUGCUUUGCGGCCAUUGGGGGCUGAGGACUACACUGCCCACAAUGCCCGGCGCUGGCCCCGCCCUCUGUCUCAGUGGCUCUCCAUCUGCAGAGUGCAGUGGUGCUCGGGGCUCGGUCCUCCUCCCGCUGCCCUGCCCCCUCAUCCUCUGCCGUUACUCGGCUCUCGCGUCCUCCCGCGGCUCCGUCCUCGCCCCUCCCCCGCCCCCUCCCUCCGCUGCCCCUUCCCUCCUUUUCCCGCUGUCUUCCUCGUCUGUCAGCGCAUCCUGAGCAGCCCCCCUCCUGUAGAGAUACUCCGUGCGGCCAUUGACACAGCGCAUCCUGUCAGCCCUGUGACGUCACCCUCCCCGGCUGCAGCUGCUGGACCUGACAACCCCUCCCUCCAGAUUUCUACUCUCGGGGGUCUGUUGAAGAACAAGAGGAAGUCGGGAGCCCCCCAGGGACAACCCUGUACAGGUAUUCCGUCAAGCUCCGUGUGAUGUCAUCAAAUGUCGUCAAAGCUGCUUCUCCAUUGGCUAGCGCUGUGACAGGUGCGAUGGAGCUAUCUGUGGCGCAGUGGCUUCUUGUGGUCUGUCUGGUGGCCUUCCCGCUGCUCUACGAAUGGAGCAUCUCUUUCAAGUACUUCUGCAAGGUGGCGUUCUACAAUGGCUGGAUCCUGAUGCUAGCCAUCAUGGCUAUUCCCAUAUGUGCAGUGCGGGGGCGCAAUGUGGAGAACAUGAAAGUGCUUCGAUUCAUGCUCUUGCAUAUUAAAUAUCUCUACGGAAUUAAGAUCGAGGUCCGCGGCUGGGAAAACUUCAACAUCAAGGAGCCAUAUGUCAUCGUGUCAAAUCACCAGAGCUCAUUGGAUCUGCUGGGGAUGAUGGAGAUCCUGCCUGGUCGCUGUGUGCCCAUUGCCAAGCGUGAGCUGAUGUACGCCGGCACUGCCGGGCUGGCGUGCUGGCUGGCCGGAGUCAUCUUCAUCAACCGCAAAAAAACAGAUGACGCCAUCAGUGUGAUGAUGGAGGCAGCGGAGACCAUGCUGAAGGAGGAUGUACGUGUGUGGGUAUUUCCAGAGGGGACUCGAAAUCACUGCGGGUCACUGCUGCCCUUUAAACGAGGGGCCUUUCAUCUGGCCGUGCAAGCCCAGGUCCCAGUAAUUCCAGUCGUUAUGUCUUCCUAUAAGGAUUUCUACAGCAAGAAAGACAAAAAGUUCACUACAGGAAAGUGUACAGUGCAGAUUCUUCCAGGCGUGCCCACCAGGGGGCUGUGUGCUGACGACGUCCCCGACCUCGCGGACAAAGUCCGAGGGCUGAUGCUUGAGACAUUCACUCACAUUUCGAAUGAGCGCCCAGGAAAAGAGCCUGGGGGUGGACAUUGAUCCUCUUCCACCACCUUUACUGUCAUCCUUGGCCAGGCUACCACCUCCCCACCCCCAUUCAGGAGAAAACCGAAAGAGGUACAAUACUGAGAGAGAGAGGGAGGAGAGAGCAAGAUGGCCAUCCAAGGAUCCCAUUAUACGACCAUAGAUUAGUUCAGAUAGAGAUCCCUACCAACGUGAUAGAACGGCAGGAACCUGCGUCUUUCCUUGGUAGGCCAGACGCCGCUUUGUAGUCAAUAGUAUUUUUAAUAUAUUAUUUUUUCCGGUAUCAAUAACCGAAAGAAAACCGACAUUCCCUUCGAACCGAAAAGGAUGCAGAAAGUUAACUGCAGUACAAAGAUGAAGACGUUACGUCGGCAGAAUGACUUCGAGAUACCGAAGAAGUGGAAUGUGAGCCUGGCCUCUUGUACAGGAUAGGAGGGUAAAGGUCCGUGCAGAUGGGUGCUCCAUAGUCGGAAAGUGGCGGCUGUGUAUGCAGAAACCCAGAUACAGGGGGUGGUGUAGGACAUUAAGGGAGAGGAUCGGACAACAUUCCAUUACAGGGAGGGAGAUGGGUCGUCAGUACAUAGAGGCUAGUGAUAUUUAUGCGGGGGUGCCUUAACUGUAUUUAUAUUUAUUUGAGGCCGGUACUGCGCUCUCCGCCUCUCCUUCUCGACUGUCCGCAGUCUUCCUUCUCUCUCUCCUCGCCUCUCUCUGUUCAGAAACAGUUAGCCAGGAAUGGGGUAGGCCAGUCAUAUAGGGUAGAGGAUGCCCGCCAUCGCCCUAUUCGGCUGCCCUCUUCAGCCUUCCAUCAUUUUAAAUCAUUACGGACUUGGAAUGGAGGCAGGAACCAUGAGACUGAUCUGCCCAAGCUGUGGCCUCUUCUCCCCCCCUCCCCUCCAGUAAGCCUUCCCGUGCUGCCAUCCAUCCGCAAAACCACCGACCCGCAACUUUCAGCCUCUCCCCGGAUCCCUGUCUUGUGGCCUGAGAACUGUUUUGUUACACUCCGCGGCCUGAUCCCUCCUCUGUCCUCAUAUCUGCCUCCCCUUUCCACGCGCUUCUCAUGUGCUAGUGCGAGGCGUGGAAGAGUUUACAUGUGCCAACGUGUUCAUAGCUUACCGUUAGAGGGAAGAGGAUGCCUUGUGGGUAUGACGUGGGCGGGAGGGGCAUAUUAAUCGCCUGUCCUGUAUAUGUGAAAUAGCAUUGCACAACUUUUUCUGGUU